ACCAUGCAUACUAUUGUGCAGUGCCUUCUCUAGAGAAAAGGAAAUGCACUGGCUUUGUCCAGAAGCAAAGCAAAGAUUAUGAAGGGUUAAAAUGAAGUAAGACUAGACGCAUUGCUAAACAAAACGUGAAAACCAUUGCAUCGAGGACUUCAUAGGUGCAUAGGUCUUUGAUACUGCUUUAAAGGGAGAUAAUUCAUAUUAUUUGUUCUCGUCAUACUGGCACCCAUAAGUUAACCCGCAAAGGCGCUUCGGAUGCUGGGAAUAAUAUGCGCAUUUGCUCUAGCCUAAUAAGUGCGAGAGAGUAUAGGCUAGGCUGCGUCCAAGGCGGUAAUUCCCGCAUUGGCGUUUGUAUCAGUGCUUCGCCGAGGACAUAAAAUACACGUUUUCGGAGACAACUGAACGUAUGCAAUCACUUUGCUAUAACAUUGCGCUUCUUGAAAAGUGAAAAAGAGAACGACGAAAACAGACGUGAAAGGCAAAGAGGAUUUUAGCCGGCUUGAAGUGGCAAACUGACAAGACGAUUGAAUUUCGUCCUUCAAGACCGAGAAAUGAAAUUAAAUCAAUGACACGUGUGUUCGGACUCCUACAUUUUUUGUUGACAUUCAGGUUAGUUUUUCAACAGCUACGAAGUCCUCUCCUGUAGCCGAUAAACCGUUAAAGCCUCAGAACACGGAGCUUACGAACGCAUUUGGGACAUCUUUCAAAAGUUUCCCACUAAACAAAUGUUAUAAGAAGAUCAGCCGUUUCCACCAGCCUGUAUAAAUUGGAUAUCAUCGUCAUUAUGAAAAUUUAAUUACAGCAAUGGUGUGCGUGCUAGUGCGAACCUACAAACCUGCGAAGUGGAUAUGUAUAGCGAUGUGGAUAUUCAACUAAAAUAAGUGAUAUACAAGAAAUUAUCAAAAGAUGAGAACCCUGUGCUCUAUCCUGCUCCUCCUCUUUCUGCACCCGGGUACUUGCAACAAAGUGCAGAUUCCGGUGGCCGAAGUCCUGGAAUGGGGAGAGACGAAUAACGAAGCGAGCCUCUCGCAGGCAGCCAGCCCUCGGAUCGUGAACCCUCUCCGUCUGUUCGCCAGGGGAGCUACCGGGCUGAAGCAGAACACCAGCGGCAUGACGUACAUACAGAACAUGGAAAACUUCUGGGACUGGCUAGCCAAUCAGGCAGACGUUCGGGAGAGACAUGCCAGAACUAAGCGGAGGCCAAUAGUGAAGACGGGGAAGUUCAAAAAAAUGUUUGGUUGGGGCGAUUUCCACUCCAACAUCAAGACCGUGGAACUGAACCUCCUCAUAACCGGCAAAAUUGUGGACCACGGGAACGGCACGUUCAGCGUUUACUUCCGUCACAACUCGACCGGUAAGGGGAACGUGUCCGUGAGCCUGGUGCCCCCCUCAAAGGUGGUGGAGUUUGAGAUCACUCAGCAGUCCACGCUGGAGACCAAGGACUCCAAAGCUUUCAAUUGUCGCAUCGAAUAUGAGAAGACAGAUCGGGCCAAGAAGACGGCCUUGUGCAGCUUCGAUCCCACCAACAUGUGUUACAAGGAGCAGACACAGAGUCACGUCUCUUGGCUUUGCUCAAAGCCCUUCAAAGUUAUAUGCAUUUACAUCGCUUUCUUCAGCGUUGACUACAAGCUGGUGCAGAAGGUUUGCCCUGACUAUAAUUACCAUAGUGACACUCCCUACAUCUCCACUGGCUGACAAGGCAACUGCAAAUUUGUUUGUUCUUGGGACAUAUGAUGACCUCUGUGACCUUGUAUGACCCCCUCCUCUGACCCAUUCACAUCACACACAUUGUGCGUUCUCUGUAUUGUGUGUGAAAUUAUAACUUUUCCAGAGGCUGGCUGCAAGGUUAAGCCACAGGCCUGUAAUUACUUGUGAAUUUAAGCUUUUGUGUCAGUAAACCUGUAAGUCAAUAUUAUCCACCACAAACCUUUUUUUCAGUUAUAAUUCAUGAAGUAAAUGAAAUUGAACAUGCUGAGAAUAUUGCACUGUCAGGUUUUCCGGAAAACAGAUCAAUUUCUUAAAGUUUAAUAUACAGAUUUUAUGGAUUUAGGUGAAAACAUACAUGUUUGGAAAGCAGUUCAUCAAGUAGAAACGCUUCUUACUUAGUAGUCUUAUAUAUUCUUUGAUUUAAAAUGACUUAAUUUGUAUCACUAGAAUGCAUCCUCCAGUAACUACAUGACCAAAAAACUCCAUAUAGCUAAAUUGAUGAUUUGUUUUAUUGAAGCUCAAAUUUGACAUUGAAUUCAGAAGUGGAAAAUUGGAACAAACAAAGCACACUUAGUUUACUUUAAGUAGUCAAUGGUAUGUUGACCUAAAUUAAUUGCACAAAAAUUAAAUCAGACUUUUUUUUAUCUGCAUAAGACUGUGGGCCUCUAAGUAAGGCUUCCUACGUUGAAUUUAAAAAAUAGUAUUCCACACCUUUUUUUAGUCUGGAGUAGGGACACCAGUUUAUGGCACAACCCAAAAUGAGUUGAACUUGCAUUACCAUCCAAAUCCCUGUGGUGUCACUGUAGCCUUUGGAUUGAUCACAUGACUAAAUAUACAAUUAGUGAUUGUCAUAAUAGAAGCAUUUAGAAAGAAUAUGACAUUGACAGAAUAUCAAACACAAAAAAGUUUACAAUGUCAUUUACAGAAAACAGUUGCGGUCUGAAAUAGAUGAGGGGGAAUCCUCAGUCACUUAAAGAACAGAAUUGAGCGGAGGACAGAUGUAAUUUGACGGAGGAAUUUUUCAGUGUACACAUUCCAAUUGAAAAAAAAUUGACAAUCCUAAAUUAGGUGCAUUUAAAUAGGUGUGUAAGAAAUGGUGGGGA